ACUUGUGGCAGUCCCGCGCCUGAGGGGAAGCAUAUGCUUAACUCAGCCAGAGACAAACGGACCAGAAGAUGAUACUGAAGCUGUGCGACAACUAGAUGAAAAUUCUCCAACAAAACAGAAGGCGAGAGGCGAGCUACAAGGCGAAGAGUUGAGCUGCCGGAAAACCAGGUUUCAAGAAGAUCUGAAGAACAGAAAAACGUCGAGAAAACAAGCAAUGGAAAACUGAAUCAAAUAAAAAUAAGCAAGAGGGCGGUGAAGACGACACUCUGUUGACAGACGAGCAUCAGUGAUCACUGGGAUCAUCCAAGAAAAGCCUAAGAAACAUGGCGUGUCAGGCGUUUGGCGCUGAAGCUUUCACUCCCCUGGCAGGAGACUCACAUUUGCCAAUCCUCAUGCACCAUGGCUCUGCCAGUGACUGCCUGCCAACCACCUCCCACGCCCACAGCAUGGUCUCUGCAGUUUCAUCGGGGCUGUCCCUUGGUCCGACCACCAAGCGUUCCCACAUGCACCUAUCCACUUCUUCUCUUGGGAAUGCUCUCGGUAAUGGCCCCCCAAGCUUACAUUACCCAGUCACCCCCUGCCACUACAGCAACCAGCAGACCACCUAUGGCAUGAUGACAGCACAGGAGAUGCUCUCAGCCAGCAUAUCUCAGACUCGCAUCCUGCAGACCUGCGGCGUCCCUCACCCUAACAUGGUGAGUGGUGCCACCCCACUGCAAGGAUCUCUGACUCCCUGCAUUUAUAAGUUUCCGGACCAUGGGUUAAGUAGCAGUUCGUGUGCUAUUAGCCAUGGUUUCUCCUCGCUGCCUAUCCUUUCGGCAGACGAGGCCCCUGGAGGCCCCAGCCUCGAGGUGAAAACCGACGCCCAAAGAAAGAGCAUGCGGGACCCAGAGGAUGUUCCUACCAUGGAUUCCCCGCAAAUACGAGAGCUGGAAAUGUUUGCGAACGACUUCAAAAUACGCAGGAUCAAGCUUGGCUACACUCAGACUAAUGUAGGCGAGGCUCUCGCUGCAGUGCACGGCUCAGAGUUCAGCCAGACCACGAUCUGCCGCUUUGAAAAUUUGCAGCUCAGCUUUAAGAACGCCUGCAAACUCAAGGCCAUUCUGGCUAAAUGGCUGGACGAAGCCGAGCUGGCUGGUGCUUUGUACAAUGAUAAAAUAGGAAUGAAUGAGCGGAAGAGGAAAAGAAGAACAACUAUCAGUCUUGGAGCUAAAGAGGCCCUGGAGCGCAGCUUUAUUGAGAAGAGUAAGCCCUCCUCUCAGGAAAUAGCCCGUAUAGCCAAAGGCCUUCAUCUGGAGAAGGAAGUGGUCAGAGUCUGGUUCUGCAACAGACGUCAACGAGAAAAACGUGUCAAGACAAGCCUCAAUCUGAGCUCCUGUUUGACCAAAGUCAGUGCAAACUGCAUUGCACAAAUGGGUAAAAUACAAAGACCAGUCAUGUAACCGAAGGCUGAGAUAAAGCGUGUCUAAAACCACAGCAUGUGAGAACACAUUAUUUUCAAAUGAUAUGUCGCAAAGCAAUAAUUUUAGUGAGAUGUGGCAGAAGAAUAUGUCAAAUUAACAUUAAACAGCUAUGACGAAAUGCUACAAAAGAAAAGAAAUAUCACACUCUAUUGUGCAAAAAGGAAAAUUCAUGUCAGCCCAGUGAAUCAAAAGCAAAGCAUUCCAGGCAUUUUUCUGCAAAA